AUCAUCGAUUCUAUUUGGUUCAAGAGGAAAGGAAGUAUAGGACAGAGAAUGAUAAUAAUUAGAUGUGAUAUGCUCGAAAAGCUUAUCUUUUGCGUACAAUAUGAGGAAAAUGCCUUGUUUAUGUAUCACACAAAAGUGCAUUAACAUAAAUACAAUAGUAAGAAGUUGCAAUAUAAAAGCAUGAACUAUAAAAUUGAGUUGAAGUGAAUUGUCCCACACUAGAACUUCUACCAAUAAUUCCACCAAAGGUUAAGCUAUUGCAAGAAUAGCUUCAUGCAAACAUGUCAUGAUCUUCACCGUUCAAUAAUCAAUUUGGACUUGAGGUAAGGAAUAACUAGUUACGCCAAAAGAUACGAGGAAACUUGUGUGGUAUUAUUAUAUAAUGGCACAAUUCUUUAUAAUGUUCUUUGUUUCUUCUAUUAUUUGUUCUCCUUUCCAGACGUAGAGCCAAUAUUUUGAGUGCUUAAUAAGCAUUUGAGAAGAAUAUAUUGUUAUCAAUGUGUAAGUUAUAUGGUUAAAGGAGAAAUUGUUUAAAUGAAAAAUAUUGAAGGAAAGGAAGGAAAGAGAAGGAACAGUACACAGUGAAAGCAUUAUAAUUUUUAUAUUUGAAUGUACAAGAAAGGAAAGAUAAUGUUGAAUAAAUAAUAUAUAGGAUAUUGCUAUGCGUACACCUUAUGGUGUACACAAUGGCCUACACCCAUUUCACAUGGAGGGGGGCUCACAAAUAUUUUAUUGUAUGUUGGAUCCCCUCCAUGUGAGGGGGGUGUAAUGCAAUGCGUACACCAUUGUAUGCACAUAACAUUGUUCUAAUAUAUAUUACAUUUAACGCAUGUUUGAUGAUGUGGACAUGACAGUAUUAAGAAAAGAUCAGAAUAACAAAAAUCUUAUAUAUUAUAUUGUCCAAAACUUUAUUUCUAACAUGCUUUUAUGGUGCAUUAACUAACCUCUAUUCUCAUUAGAUUUCAAUAUAUCUAUUUUAGUCUUUGUUUUAUAAUACCCUUUGAGCAAGUAUAAAGGCAUAAAACGAACACCCUUUGAGCAAAGGUUCCACAUUUACCGCUUGGUGCAGAGAGGGUGAGACCUUCUUUAAACUUUCAUUUGAUGAUGCACAGAUAGAGGGGUGAAGUUAAUAAUGGAACCAUUUCCUUGACAAAGGAAUAUAUAGCAUGAAAUGAUUAGAAAAUUGUACUUAUGUAAUGAUUUGAUGUGUUUAUCACUUCAUUUUUAAGUAUAACAUUAAUUGCUUCUUCCUUCUUUUGUUUGGUUUUUACUUAGGAAUGAGAGUUCGGGGUUCAAAAUUCAUUGCGAACCAUGAUCAAGAGUAAUCAAAAAAUGAAUGCUAAUACAUCACGACCAUAGAGCUAGAGCUUUUAUCUUCAGGUUCAUUAUGUCAUAUUCAACAACAAUAACGACCACAAACUAGUCAUGUUCCUAAUUAAUUUGGAGCUACAUGAAUUCUUUUUUCAGCCCCGUUUGGUUCAUGUCAUUAGAUUUGAUAAAGUUCUAUGCUGGUUGUUAACUUUCCACAAUCCUCCUCCUUUGCUUGGGCUUGGGAUCGGCUUUGAAUAACAUAGGCAGAGUUAGUUCAUUUAUAACAUAUUCAUUUUUUAAAUGGUCAUUGUUGAUGGAAGCAUGUUUGUCACUAGGCUAAUUAAGAAGUAGCAGCUUUGACUAUAACGACAUCUAUAUUUUGAUCCGUUGUUUCAUAAAAAGUAUUAGAUGCAUUACGAAGCAUUGUAAGAUUUCUCAUUCCAAGUUUAUUAGGUAUAAUCUUAGUUUUUUCGGUUAUUGUUUGAAUGCUUUUCCAUUUCAUCUUCACUGGCUGUACUUUCUCCAUAAGCAACAAGAGCAUCACCUGCAACGUUAUGGAUAAUAGUCUUGCUGCGAGGGGAAAAAUAAAACUCGUCUGAAGUUUGACGUAAAUUAAACAAAUGGAGCAUACUAGGCUUGCCAAACAUGUUUGAGCUCUCAGCUUUUUAGAAUUUUAUCUUUUAGAUUUUAGUUCUUACUUUCCAAAGAAAUACUUUUAAUUUUUAUUAAGCUUAGCCAAAAAUGCUUGUAGCAGUUGAAAGAAUUUUUUCUCUCUUGACAAACCAUGUCCAUUUUCUGCUGAUCUCAUUGCUUGUAUCAGUCUAAAUCUAUUUCAACAGAAUGUGAAUAGAGAGAAAAAUCUAGAUUCAUGUAUCCUACUAUUGCCUUCAUUUCCAGCUCGGAAAGUUUGACCACUAUUUCUUAAGGAUUUAUAUAAGAAGGAACAAUCCAUGUUCCUCCACUCAAGAAUACUUUCAAUUCGAGAAUAUUUUGGGGUCUCGUCCUGCUUUUGCUUGCUUCCGUUCAUUCUGUCUUAAGAGUAUAGCUUAACUUACAUAAUUUUAUCAUCAUUCUUUUGCUUUAUGACCUUUUCAUUUGUAGAAGUGAUUAUCUUUAAAUUCAAUACAACCUGAAAGUGUAAUAUAGACUUUUUGUUGAGUGUUAGACUAUUGACACCCUAUUGCUAUGCUAUUGACCAAUCUACCCUCCAAUUUAACCAGCAUUUGUUUUCUUUGUAUAGGACGAUUUUCUAGUCUCGUUUCAGAGGGGUCAUCAUAUUGAGGAGUCAAUGGACAGGGAAGAGAUCGCUGUUAGAAAUUUGUCAUCUUCAAACCGUCAUAUGUUUCCUUGUGUUCACAAGGUAGGUGUACCUCCAAAGAAACACCCGUGGAAGGAAUUCUCUGCCACGUUGAAGGAAACAUUCUUUGCAGAUGAUCCUUUACGUACAUUUAAGGAUCAAUCCAGGUCUCGGAAGUUCGUUCUUGCGAUGCAAGCUGUAUUUCCGAUACUUGAUUGGGGUCGAAGCUAUAAUCUAGCUAAACUUAAAGGAGAUUUAAUUGCUGGGCUUACCAUUGCGAGCCUCUGCAUUCCUCAGGACAUCGGCUACUCAAAACUUGCAAAUUUAGCUCCUCAAUAUGGUUUGUAUUCAAGCUUUGUCCCUCCCUUGAUCUAUGCCUUCAUGGGUAGCUCGAGGGAUAUAGCCAUAGGGCCGGUUGCUGUCGUUUCUCUACUCCUGGGGACUCUACUGCAGAACGAGAUUGAUCCCACUAAUAAUGCAGUUGAAUAUCGUAGACUUGCCUUCACAGCUACUUUCUUUGCUGGCAUCACCCAAGCUAUCCUCGGUAUUCUUAGAUUGGGUUUUUUAAUCGACUUCCUAUCUCAUGCUGCGAUCGUUGGUUUUAUGGGAGGUGCUGCCAUAACAAUUGCACUCCAACAACUUAAAGGACUUUUAGGCAUAAAAAAAUUUACAAAGAAGACGGAUAUUAUAUCAGUCAUGCAGUCCGUGUGGGGCUCCGCCUACCAUGGAUGGAAUUGGCAGACGAUUGUGAUAGGAGCAACAUUUUUAGCCUUUCUUCUACUUGCCAAGUACAUUGGGAAGAAGAACAAGAAACUCUUUUGGGUACCAGCUAUCGCUCCACUGAUCUCUGUUAUUCUGUCUACGGUCUUCGUGUAUAUUACCCACGCAGAGAAGCGAGGAGUACAAAUUGUGAAACAUAUUGAUAAAGGAAUUAAUCCCUCAUCCAUGAAUCAGAUUUAUUUUACUGGUGAAUAUCUUUCGAAGGGUUUUAGGAUUGGCAUUGUGGCUGGCAUGAUUGCAUUGACGGAAGCUGUUGCAAUUGGAAGAACGUUUGCUGCCACGAAGGACUAUCAACUAGAUGGAAACAAAGAAAUGGUUGCUCUUGGAGCAAUGAAUAUAGUUGGCUCUAUGACUUCCUGUUAUGUGGCAACAGGUUCCUUCUCCCGUUCUGCAGUGAAUUACAUGGCUGGAUGCCAAACAGCAGUUUCUAACAUCGUUAUGUCCUUUGUUGUAUUCUUAACGUUAAUGUUUAUCACACCUCUUUUUGAGUACACCCCGAAUGCAAUCCUCUCGUCCAUCAUUAUCUCUGCAGUCAUCGGCUUAAUUGACUAUAAGGCUGCGAUUUUGAUUUGGAAAACUGAUAAAUUUGAUUUCGUUGCUUGUAUGGGAGCCUUUUUUGGGGUAGUUUUUGCCGCUGUUGAGAUUGGGCUCUUAAUUGCGGUCUCAAUAUCUUUUGCCAAAUUACUCUUACAAGUUACUAGGCCGAGGAUAACAAUUCUUGGAAAAAUUCCUAGGACAAAUGUUUAUAGGAAUAUCCAACAAUAUCCCGAGGCAACGAAGGUCCCAGGUGUGUUAAUCGUGAGGGUUGAUUCGGCAAUUUACUUUUCUAACUCUAACUAUAUUAAGGAGAGGAUAUUAAGGUGGCUAAUAGACGAGGAAGAACGGCUAAAAAGAGGUGGCCUUCCUCAGAUUCAAUUUUUGAUAGUCGAAAUGUCACCUGUUACUGACAUAGACACCAGCGGCAUCCAUGCAUUGGAAGAGCUGUACAGAAGUCUCCAAAAGAGAUCUGUUCAGCUUGUUCUGGCGAACCCCGGGCCGAACGUGAUGGACAAGCUUCAUGCGUCUAGUUUCACAAGUCUGAUAGGCGAAGACAACAUAUUUCUCACCGUGGCAGAUGCAGUUCUAACUUGCUCACCAAAAUUUGCUGAAGAGGUUUGAGAUUUGAAUGGAAAAUGAGGGAUGUUUGAAAGAUCUAGUGCCUGUUAGUAGAAUCAAAGUGCAUUGGAAUAGGAAUAUAUAGUGUCAAUGCCAGUUGCCAAAAGGGUGCAUUUUGGGCCCUACUUAGCAGUGGCUGGUGGGAUCCUUCCAAUCCAACCAGAACUAAUCUAGAAUAAAGGAGAAGCAAGUUUGUGAUAAGAUUCUUGCUUGGGAUUUCCUUUCUGGAUUGCACUUGUAUAGAAAAUAAAGAAGAAAAGAAUGAAUUAAUGAAAAAUUAUUAUUACUACAAUA